CCAAUAAAAUGCCGAAAAGAAAGCUAAAAACGCCGGAAUCCACUGAAACCACCAAAAUCUGCAAGAAAAACGACAAUUUUUCGGAUUUCUGGAGCGAAAAACUCGAUGAAAUCGGCAGUGCCCACCUCGCGGACACAAAAUCCCGCACAAAAAGCGCCGUGAAGCAUGAGCUCACGGGAAUUGGCUCGAGCUCCAUCUACAAAGGAACUCGCGACCUUCAACUACCGAAAAGCGAAGAUUUAUCGAAUUUUGGGUGGAAUGAGGGGGUUUUGGAGCAUUUACAGGUGCUCCUCGAGGAAAUUGAGGUCGAUGAGAAGAAAGAGGAGCAAAUUGAAGCCGAACGUGGAGCUAUUCUGAAAUUUACAGCAGAAUAUCGCGAUUUAUUGGCGAUCACCGGGGAUCAGGGCGGUUAUCGGUCAAUCUACUGUGCUCACAUCAUCCAGCACCUGAUUCGGAAUAAAAAUCUCAUUAUUGGCAAUAAAAGAAAGCUGGAAAUCGCCUCAACACAGGAAGGCGGAGCCGACGAGGAAACAAUUGAAUCGUGUCGAGACUCGGGAUUUGUUCGACCCGUUGUUCUUGUGCUAUGCGCCUUUAAAAAAGACGCCUACGAUAUUAUCAAUCGGCUCAGGCGAAUUCUUCAUGGCGAUGAUGAGGGCAAAAGCGAGGUGUGGAACAAAAAUCGUUUCGAAGAAGAGUACAGCGGUCCAACAGAGCUUCCAACGACUCGAGCCGACUUUCCAGACGAUCACAAGGAGCUUCUGCUCGGAAAUAAUGACGACGCCUUUCGAAUCGGCCUAGCCAUUUCGAAAAAAGUGCUGAAACUGUACGAGAAAUUCGAAAAAGCCGACAUUCUUGUGUGCUCACCGCUGGGGCUCCGAAUGAUUUUGAAUGGAGAUGAUGGGAAUGAGGCUCAUUUGAUAAGUAGUAUUAAUAUGACUAUUGUUGAUAGGACAGACAUAAUGCUACAGCAAAAUUGGGAGAAUCUUCAACUCAUUUUCUCUCAUCUUCACUCUCAACCAUCAAAAAUUGAUGUCGAUAUUUCCAGAGUUCGAAAGCUUUAUCUUGAUGGCCAAUCUCGUCACUUUUCGCAACUUUUAAUGUUCUCGAGGUAUUCACACGAGCUCUUCACCUCUCUAAUGCUCCAAAACUCGCAAAAUCAUCGUGGAUUAGUGAUUGCGAAGCCAAAACAGUCAGGAACGUUGAGCAAUAUCGAAAUUCCCCUAUGCCAGGAGCUGCACAAAUUUGAAGUUAAGGAUCCAAACGAGACGUCGGAUUUGAGAUUCAAGUAUUUUGUGGAUAAGAUAAUGCCAUCACUAAUUCCCCGUACUCUGAUCGUAAUUCCAUCAUAUUUCGACUUUGUCCGUGUCCGAAAUCACCUGAAAAAGGCCGAAGAGAGUUUUGUAAUGUGCCAUGAAUACGCUACGAGAGCAAAAGUCGACAGAGCUCGUGAAAUGUUUUUCCACGAGAGAAAAAGCUAUUUGGUUGUCACUGAACGCUGGUAUUUCUUCAAUCGACGUCAUUUGACUGGUGUUCACCGUGUUGUAUUCUACCAACUGCCAUCCCAUCCACUCUUCUACUCGGAAUUCAUUAAUAUGUCCGACGCCGAGACCUCUCAACGUUUCCUAGCCGUGCUUCUCCUCUGCAAAUACGAUCGAAUUCGUCUGGAAAACACUUUUGGCACCGAAAUGGCAGCCGCUGUGAUGUCCAAUAAGCAAGCUGUUCAGGCUAUUGUUAGCCAGUGAAUUUUGUGUUGUAAAACUUCUUUUUUUUUAUUUUUGAAUUGUUAUUGUUAUGAUAUACUCCUCUCUUUUUGCUGUUAUUGUUAUACACCCGGAAAUUUUUUUCUCAAAAAAAAUAAAAUUUGUUAAAAGUAAUAAAACCUGCGAUACAAC